UAAAAGUGCGAUUCAAUCGGUAAAAUUAAGUUAAAGAGUUGUAACAUUAACAUGUAAAUAAAAAUAUACACAGAAAACAAAAACCAAUACUAUGUAUAUAUGUAUCCACAGUGUAUAUAUGUAUACAGUGUAUAUAUGUAUACACAGUAUACACUGCAUACAUGUCAGUUGAUGUGUAAGCUAUGAAAGCAGUCGAAGUGUCAGCUGAAGAGUUAAAACAGGAUUUCCAGGGGUCGACUUUCUCCGUUUCCUUUCAGGUGGACUAAAAGACAAAAUGUUUGGAGUGAUAUCUGUUGCACCGCUCUCGCCGGAAGCCACAUUUUCCAAACCUCUACGACAGAGGGGGGGCGAGUAAAACCUUAUCGUGACCGGUAGUCAUAAUAAACAAAACAAUACGAGAAUAAAACCCCGGCUGACAAAUAGUGGGAUCUCCCUUUAAAACACACACUUAAAUCCACACACAGCAGGCCGGUCCACGCACAUACAGGACGCCGUCAGUUUGUCCUCCAGCGAUCACACGUGGAGCAUUUCUCAUCGUAAAUCUUCUACGUUAACGUCUUUAGAACAAAACCACAUUUCAUCGACACGUGCGGCUUUAAAAACGAAAAGCGUCGCGAUGUUCGCAGGCGGAUAAAAUCCUCUCAGGCUUUCGGCAGCUGCAUAUUGUGAUAUAGCACAUUUUCUAGAAACCUAAUUAAGAAACGGCUGAUUUCAAAUUAAACAUAUGGAUAAAAUGUCAUCACAUUAAUGCAAAACAUAAAUAAAAAAUCAUAACAUGAAUAUUGCCAUAACUCGCUGACAAAAUGGCGGAUAGUUGAGAUGUAUAUCUCUCAGGUUAAAACCAGUUGUUUCUGCAUCAGAUUCACACAAACAGCAGUUAUUUAAUAAAGUAAAAGAGCGGGACGUUAUUUCUCUGACAGUUUAAACGUGUUUAAUGUUUCAUACUUACGGAGUAUUUUUUAAAAAAAAACACGCUAUAAACAUCAGUUCAUUCGCUAACAUUUGUAAUUAAGUUAAACCAGAAGACGGUUCGGCGGUUGUUGUUUUUAAUGAGCGGAGCUCCGCGGGCAGGAACGCGCCUGUUCCACCGGCGGAUCUGCGGUCAGCCGUCCGUUCGGCCGUGCGUCGCCGCCGGGCUGCGACUCCGCCGUCACGCUGACCUGAGAUCUGUUCCGCCCUGUCGUCACAGAGCCCGCCCACAGGGAGGUUAACUCACUCUGGCUUCCACCUCCGGUGUCGAGGGGCCGCCAUAUUUGUUCCAGAUAAAAACACAAAAAUUACCAUUUUUAAAAUCGUUCUCGGCAGGUGAGCACCUGUCAGAAUCUGAUUUACGUCAGGAGACGUAAUCUCGCGGGAAUCUACGAGAGAAGAAGAUGUCGUUGGUGGACCUGGGGAAGCGUCUGCUGGAGGCGGCUCGCAAAGGUCAAGACGAUGAGGUCAGAAACCUGAUGGCCAACGGAGCUCCGUUCACCACCGACUGGCUGGGGACGUCUCCCCUCCACCUGGCCGCUCAGCACGGCCAUUACUCCACCGCCGACGUGCUGCUGAGAGCCGGCGUCAGCAGAGACGCCCGCACCAAAGUGGACCGGACCCCGCUGCACAUGGCCGCCGCCGAGGGGCACACCGUCAUCGUCGAGCUGCUGGUCCGGAGCGGCGCAGACAUCAACGCCAAAGACAUGCUGAAGAUGACGGCUCUUCACUGGGCGGCGCAGCACGGACACCACGGUGUCACCGAGACGCUCAUCAAACACGGAGCCGACGUGCACGCGCUCAGCAAGUUCGACAAGACGCCGUUCGACAUCGCCGUCGACAUCCAGAACACGGAGCUGAUGCUGCUGCUGCAGGAGGGCAUGCAGAACCAGGUGAACAUGAACCAGGUGAGUAUGAAUGUGGAGACCAGCACCACCGCCAACCAGCCGCAGUUCAUCAUCCAGGGAAUACCUGGCAUUCAGGGGGGCGUGGUUAACCUGGCCGAGCUGCUCAACAAGGCCAACACAGGCGACUCGGAAGAAGCGAUGGCCGCCAGCGCUCUGGACUCCAACAUCCAGCACGCCACCGUCGUCAACGAGGCGGGUCAGAGGGUCAUCACCAUAGUAACGGACCAGCACGGCAACCUGCAGACCACAGGGGGGAUGGCGCCGCCGUUCUUUGUCACCAUGCAGCACGGACAGCAGAUGUUGGCGGUGCCGGCCAACACGGUGACGGAGGAGGUGGUGACGGAGGAGCCUCAGCCUCCGCCCUCCAGGAAGAGGAAGCUGGAGGUGACCAACAAUCACAACGACACGGGAGAGACGGAGUUGUUGCAGAGGCAGCUGCAGGAGGCCAACAGGAAGGCGCAGGAGUACCGACAGCAGCUCCUGCGUAAGGAGCAGGAGGCCGAGGAGUACCGCGUCAAACUGGAGGCCAUGUCCCAAAGUCAGGCCAACAACGCCAACGCCGCCAGCACCGCCGCCAACGCCGCCAGCCCUGAGGAGGUGGUGGGAGGGGAGGAGGACGAGGAGGAGGCAGCGGCCGGCAUGGUGGAGGAGGACGGAGAGAUGGUGGUGCUGCAGGAGGGAGGGAUCAUCAUGGAGGGGGAGGAGGGUCAGGUGACGCUGGUGGAGACGGGGGGGGAGACGACGGAGGUCAGCUCCUAACAGAGAGGGCUGAGGAGGGGAGAUGAAGAGACAGAUCAUAACGGGAGAUGGUUGGUUUGACUCGCGCUAAUUUGCAUCCCUUUUAAUAGAGAGUGUGAUGGAGGGGAAGUCGGGGCAAGAUGGUUUCAAGUGUGCACCAUUUUGAAUCCCGGAAAGAAGAGAGGAGAAACAAAAUGGCUUCCCCAACAACAGAAGGAGGAGAAAGACGACUGAAAACAGACUAAACAAACAUGACGGGGGAGUUUAGUCGUGUGCCGUUUUAGUUCCCACUUGUUCUCUAACUGAAUGCCUGCUUAACUGGGAUGCAAAAUGGCUGCUGCAGAAGGGAAUGAAGCUGGAUGAACGGGUCGAAGAGAUGGAGACCAACUGAAGAAGAAGAAGAAACCGACAGCAGCGAGGAAAAAGAUAAAUUAACUCAGGAGGUCGGACCUUCGCUCAAAGGCAUAUUUACUUUUUUUGUUGUUGUUGUAACCGCAAUCAGUGAUCCCAAACCAAUUUAAAAUAAUGGCGGCCUUCCCUAUAUGCAGCCAUGUCUGUUCCCUGAACAUCGCUUUAACGCACCAUUUUGCUUCCCCGUUCGACUUGGAGUGAGUACUGAUAAACCGGAGGACACUCAUACAGCAGGAAUUUUAUCUUGUCGUCGUAACGUUUCCCCCCCGUGGAUUUUUGAACGCAGACGGUUAUCACCAGUAUAACCAUUUAAAUCCUUUAUUUCCGUUAGGUUCGGUUUUUGUCUGUCUGUUUUUAUUGUGGGUAAAUCCCUGAACCAACACAUCUGAUGCCUUCGUAACUAACCCUGAACCUUUUUGAAACCCAGUUACUCAAACCUCGCUGUCGCUUGCACCGUUUUGCUUCCCGAGAAGAGUACGGACAAAAACAAGGCCACGACUGGAUGCUGUGAACGGAAAGAACAAAUAUUUUUGGACACUAAAAUAACUCACUCUCAACUGCUUUCCUUCGUUCGUAUUAUGUUUUCCUUGUUGUGUUUAAUGAGUUUUGUUUUUGAACACGUCACUUUUCGGAUGUGACCUCAUCAUGUUUAAGAACAGAACGAACUCGCGCGAGUUCUUCGAAAACCGUUCUGGAUCCGCCAAACAAGAUUCCCCACUUGCUCCCUGGGGUAGGGAAGCCAAAUGGCCUCGGUGGAGCUCGAAGCAAAGGGGAAUCGUCUCGGCCAAUUAACGUCUGAAUAUAGAAAAGUUCGUCUUCACUCCCACGCUGACCUGCUCUGAUCCCAGAGUCCUGACGAGAACUGAACCAGAUCCAUCAUGGAAACCUUUAAUUUGCUCAGUAAUUAUGUUGAUUAUUAUUUCAAACCGGCGUUGUUUUCCGUCGUCGGGUGGUCGAAGGCUUGUUGGGUCUAACAGGGCUGCAACUCGGGAUUGUUUUCAUUAUCAAUUAGUCUGCUGAUUAUUUUCUAGAUUCUUAGUUCAGUCUAUAAAAUGGUUCCCGUCACAGAGUCCAAGUCUUCGGAUGUUGAUUAGCGUCAUGGAAGAGUUUAAAAAGACAGCAAAUAUUCACAUUGUCGAACCGGGGACCAACAGCUGAUCAAAUAUGAAGAUUAUUUCCAUUUACCAACUAUUUCCAGUUAAUUAAUUAUCAUCAGCUGUUGUUCUAUUGAUGAUGAUGAUAAUUCAUGGGAAUAUAUUUGUUUCUGCAGAGGUGGUUUAGACUUUCAGGACCUCCUUCUGGUCUCGCGGUCCUUUAAAGGUGCAUGUUUUUAGCUCUUUAAUUAGACUUUGUAGUGUCUUACAUUCCCGUCGAGCUGUCACUUUUUUGUUUUAUCUUUAUAGAACUUGCAGUCAUUUAGUCAUCGUCGUGUUUUGGUUAACGUUACGGUGUGGCCAUGCGGUCGAAAACUGUCCCUGCUGGUGAGUUCAAGGACGCCCCGACGUCUGAAACGUGAGAGUUGACUGCCGAACUUUUUAAAUCCAGAAAACGACCAAACGGACGUCCUGGCUCCCCCCGUUGAGGUUCCCACGUCCUGUUCAGCGCACAGAGACGAUAUUAACGUCAUUUAGCUGUCUCUGCCCGGAGACGCAGACGCUAACCCGCUGUAAUUUGGUUAAAAACAGCUUUAAGGCGUGAUCAUAUGACCGCAGGGCGGCACUGCGAGGCGCGGGAUUAGCUAAUAACGCCUUAGUUGAUAAUUGUACUUUGGCACUUUAUCUUAUUACCGAAACCCACUGACGUGCAGCGCCCCUGCAGGUCUGGAGUCAGAAGGCAGUCGACAGAAUAACGACUCGUCCGCUUCCGAACACAGUUGAGGAGUUUCCCCGUCAGCCGAGGGGUUCGCACCCGCGGGUUAAACAGGAGCGAGGUGAGCGGCUGAGAUCUCACCAGCUCGCAGUCUGCAGUUAGAGAUGAAACGCCUGAAGUCAGCGGCCGUCGAAGCGUUUUCCCGUCCCGGUUCAGCCCUGUUGGUCCCGCGGUGGAAAGGCCGUUAUUGAUUAGUCCCCGUCAGCUGAUGGCCCCGUCAGCUGAUGGCCCUCCGCAGCCCUCGUGCCCUUCUUUCCUCUGAUCCGCGACUCUGCGUCUCUUCAGUUGAGUGUGAUAGUUAUUUUUAUAAGCUCAGCGAAGCCAACCUUUUUCUAUGUACAUAUAAAGUUGUAUUUUUUUAACCGUACCUGAAUGCUUCACCGUGAUGAUGAUGAUGAUGAUGAUGAUGAUGGCAGCCUGCAUUGUAAUCUGAAAUAUAAACACUUGUUUUUUUUGAAUAAGAA